UUCUACAGUAUUCAAAAUGUAUAUGAUGAACAGUACUGUCUACGACACAUUGCCAUUGUUUUACGACUGAAGGUAUGUUUUCACUGAUCAUCUGGUCUGCCAAGCCUUGUCAGUUUGGUCUGUCACAUGCUUUAUGGCAGUCGGUGAUCUUCAUCAAUGGGUUGUGGACCUGGACCAAGCCAUUGUGAACAAGGAGACCAGGAUGGUCUUUCAUGACCAAACCACAAGUUCAUUACCUAAACAAAAUAUCUCCCUUUAACGUCUAAUGUAACUUUAUUUUUAGCUGUAACAAUGUACGAAUCGCGUAUAAUCUUUUUUGGCAAGGGAUCAGCGGGUUAACUUCUACAAUUCAUGUCGGGAAACUUGGUCGUAAAUGCUUCAAUUUGACGAUGAGCUUUAAGCUUAAAAUCCGGUUCAUUGAAAAGAACAAACUGAAUAUGGACAACACUCAAUUUUUAGUGCAAUGGGAUGAACAUCCAUCGCAUCUAGCAACGAGAUUAGGUUACCUUCUAGAACACCAAUCCUUGGUUGAUGUAACAUUAAUGUGUAAUACUCACACGUUGAAAGUUCACAGGGCAGUACUUGCAGCAUGUAGUCCAUAUUUUGAGCGUCAACUAGGCAAUCAUCCUCUUAUUGUGCUAAAAGAUAUGAAAUUUUCUGUGCUAAAAUCUUUAGUGGAGUUCAUGUACUGUGGUGAAACUAGUGUAUCAGAGGAAAAUUUAUCACCACUGCUUGAAGCUGCCAAAUUUUUUGAGGUAAAGGGUUUGUCCUCAAUGACCAAGGAGACAGUUUGUGCUCCCUCGACUUCCCAUUCGAAAACAUUUAAUGGAACUGCAAUGGCUACUACUUCAAGCUAUGGACGAGGGGGUGGUAGGGGUAGGGGUAGGGGUAGGGGCAGGCCCCCGUUAAAUACCUCUACAAAGGUAGGAAGUCCAACGGAAUCGGCUCAAAUACUUCUUUCCUUGUCUGGCACCCAGAGUCCUAUAUUCAGUUCUACUAAAAGCAUAAAGUUGGACCCGACUGCGCAAAAUUCAACCGAUAAGUUAUCCUCUAAAUUAACAUUUGAACCUAGAAGAAGAGGAAGGAAGCGGGGAGCUUUGAACACUGCUUUUAGAGAUCGAUUAUUAAGAGAAGCAGAUACACAGCUGGCUAUAGAAAAUUUGAAGAGAGAUCUUUCGGAUGAAAAUGAUAUGAAUUCCCCGUUACUUAGUUCUCUCCUGAAUAAACAAGAAAGUAAGACUGACACCAAGUACCUGAAAGACAUGGGAUUAUCAUCUAAUGUCCCAAUAGUGGUGGAUAACGGUCAAGGUAAACUUCUAACAUUGACUGAAGAUGUUUUAAAAAGUGUAAUGGAAGGCGAUAAUAAUAUACAACUUCAUCUUCCUUCAGAUUCAAAAUUGAAAAAACCUCCUCCUCGUCCUUUUAUAGUUAAAGAAAUGCAGGCAACCAGAUCGGAUGAAGAGGUCGAAAUAAAACGAGAGCAGGAAGGAGCCUUCGAUGAAGAAAUGCUACAGUCUCUAAAAAACGGUGCUGUUAGUGAAGCGGAAAAUGAACCAGAAGCUGUCGUGUUAUUCGAAGUUACUGAUAAUAAGAAAGUGGAAAAAUACGUUUUAUCAGCAAAGGAAGUUAGUUUACUUAAAGCUUUAAAUGAACAGUUAACAAAACAGAAGAAGGAAUUAGCCGAUAUUACAAACAACAGUUUAUCGACCGUGGACAUUACCGGGUCCAAUACUAAAGUAGCGGAGUUGAAAUUAAAAAUAGGAAAAACUAAAUCUAUUCUUUCUCAAGUUGUAGGAUAUGCAAAAGAAAAACUCAAGAAUAUUUUUCCAGAUCAAAACAACAAGAAAUCGCAAAUGGUUCAACUUGAGUUUAUCGACGGCAAUGGCGAAAAAAUUGAAGGUUAUCAAGUAACCGGAACUUUAGUCGACAAAAAAGAAAAUAAGGAUGAAUUUCUCGGCUUAUUUGAUAUGGUUUGUGAUGGAAACAACGACAGCCCUCUUCUCAGCGGCGAUGCAGAUUCAGCCGAUAAAGGAAAAUUAACACAACCAAACACUUUUCAAUUAGAAGACAAUUCUGAAGCUAUUUCUUAUGAAAUUGAAGCCAUGAUGAAUGACUCUUCAAAUAAUAUAGUUAUAGAAGAUAAAAACCCAGAUUUUAAAUAUAUAAUAGACAAUGAUGGUAAUAUAAUGAAUCAAGAGGACAACUAUGUAGUGUAUGAAAGUGAAAAUGUUAUAUACGAUGGUAGUCAAGGGGUUUUACCGGAUAUUACCGAGUCGGCGGGUCCAGGAGACUAUGUCGUUAGUGACUCUCAAGUUAUUCAUGAAGACGGCACGGAAUAUAUCGUUUAUGACGAUAAAGAAGAACUCGAAAUAAAAGGCAUGGGCGACAGUGCUUACAUUGUGUACGAAAACGACAAAGACGCGGAUAGUUUUGUGAUUUAUCCUUCGUCGACGGACAUGAGUAAAGAGAGAGAAAGUGAAUGUGAGGACGUGACUCUUGAAGGUAAAGGUAGAGACGACAUCGCAGAAGGUAGCAUCUGUGACGUCGAAAGUGGUAGAAGUGGGACUGAAAGUAGAGGUAGUGGUGCUAUAGACGAAGAAGAAUGUAAAGAAUUGCAUUCCCCUUCUUUGUCGUCGUUAAUCAAAUCAAACAGUAAGGAAGAGGAAAGUGAAAGUGGGGACGUGCCUAUGGCAGUUGGACUUGUACCUCUAAAAGAGGCAUUGGAAAAAUUUCAGACUAUUAAUGAACAUCAACCAAGAAAAACUAGGUUAAAUUCUAUAUGUACAGAAGAAAAUGGAAGUAAAAGAAAGAUGUCAGUUUCAUCAGAUACGUCUGAUAGAUCAGAGAAGAGAAUGCGCUUAGACCCUACAUUAAUUGAAGGAAUAAAUGAGGGGAGUCUCUAGUCCCAACUUAUAUAUUUUAUUGAUCUCAUUUAAUUUCCCCCUUCCUUUAACUCUUCAUGUUGCUUCUUAGUUACCUUGUAUGAUUGUUUUUUCUUUUUUUCCGUUUUCUUUUUCUAAUUAUUAUCACUUUUUUUGAAGCAAGUGUGUACUGGAGUGUAAGAAAAUGAUUGAGUGAAUACAGAUGCAUGUAGGUGGACGCAUUUAAAUGUGACUAGACCAAGUUACUUGGUAAUAUUUUAUACAAGAAAUUAAAACAUGUAAAUAUCUAUUUACAUAUUAAUAAAUAUAGUCUUCUUGUGUAAUAUACCCUACAUAAAUAUCUGUACGUGAAUAAAGGGCGUUUCUGAUUUUAUAGGUUUAUAUUAUUGCUAAUUGUUCUUGUAAAUAUUGUUUAUUAAAUGCUAAAUAAAAUAAUACAUUUUUAAA